AUGUCAUUUGGUCGUGGUGUUAAUGCAUUUCAAAAAUAUUCCAAUGAUGUUGGAUUAGGACAUAAUGGCGUUAUUGUAUCUUUGAAUUAUUUUGAUGGUAUUCCAGAUCAAUCCUUAAUUAGGUCUCUAGAAUGUAAUGAAUUGAUAUUAAUUUUUAAAUAUCUAUUGAAAAGAGAUGAAAAAACUAAAGAAAAAGCAUUAAACGAUUUACUCAGUCAUUUGAAUAGUGUAGAAGAGGAUAACUCUACAGAACUCAGACUAUACUUUGAAAAUGAUAUAUUUACUUUAUGUUGGUCACAAGUAUAUGCGAAAAUGACCGUUAGUGAAUCAAAAAACAUAAGAACGGUAUCUCAUAUAAUAUCGAUUAGAUUAAUUACUAUAUUGAAAAAGAAAAUCUCUAAAUUUUUACCUGAUUUAAUACCAUUUGUGUUAUUAGGUUGCUCUGAUAAUGAUUCUAGUGUAAGUCAAUCCUGUAGCAAAGAGUUGAAAAAAUGUUUCAAUGAUGAUUCCAAAAAGAUUGUUGCAUUAUGGACUAUGUUCCAAGAACAAAUUUUAACUUUGAUCAAGAAUAUUGUUGUCAUAGAAGAUGCUGCUUCACUAUCUGAUAAAUCAUAUAUCGAUAAAGACUUAUCUGAAUUGAGACAUACAAGGUUGCUGACAAGCGCUAUGAAUUUGCUUAAUACAUUUGUUGAGCUAAAUGAAGUAAAAUAUGAAAAACAUCAGAUCGAACAAGAAUUAUUUAGUGAUAUUAUCUCUGAAGAAAGUUUAUGGAAAAAGGUAAGUUUUAAGUCAACAAAUAACUUGAAGUUAUGUGAAGUAUUACUAAUCUUUCUUCAAAAACUUUACAAAUCUGAAAUUUUAUUCAAAAGCUCAUCAAAUUUAAAGUUAAUUGUUAGAAUAUUACUUAAGGCACUCUCCCAAAUCUCUUCACGAAAUAUAAGAAAUUUACAAACCUCAAUAGGUCCAUUGUUAAAUGACUUAACACUAUUGGAUACCUAUAAAGAGGGUAAAAUAUGGUCAUAUGAUAAAGCAGAAAACACUAGAGAAAAACUUUGCACUUUCUUGACUGUCAUAUCAGAGAACCCAUUUCCUGGUAAUUUUACUGAUAUGUAUAUGUUUUAUGAACAAACUUCGAAGCAUGCAUUAUUAAAUAAUGAUAAUGAAUGGUUAGUUAUAUGGCAAAAAGGUUUAAAAAGUUUAGUAGUGCUGGGGGCUCGUGGCAGAUACAGUGUACAAUUAUAUCAUGAGUUUUGGAUAAAUUAUAUCAAAUUUCUAAAUUCCGCAAAUUUAAAAGGAGCUGAGAAAUAUAAAGAGAAUGAUUUGUUCAAAACAUUAAGCACUUACAAAGAAUUAAAGAACCAGGACGAUUUGAAGAAGAAUCUGUCCUGUUUGCUAUCUCCAAGCUUAUUAGUAAAUAAAUUAAAAGAGUUACUCGAAAAAAAUCAAUCUAACGACGAAAAAACUAAUACUAUAUUUGAAGAAAACAUAUUGUGCUUAUUAAUGGUGUCUGAAAAUAACCAAUCCAUUUUAAAUGAUCUUCUGGAUUAUAUACAUGAUAUUAUUAUAUCAAAAAUAUCCAGUGCAUCUGCCAAUAUAAAAUCACUGGUUGAUAUAUUUUACUUUAUUGUAAGAUCUGAUAUACCAAAUAUUUCAAAAAACAUAUUUAAAGUUAUCAACGAAAUUGCUGCAUCAGUUGAUGAAUCAAAUUAUGAUUACUUGUCAAAUAUAGUGAUUGCAUUUUCAGAAAGUAACUACAUAAAGGCUGAAGAAGACAAUAUCGAUCCAAUUAUGAUAAUUGAAGACUUUUUUAUUGUUGCGAAUUCGAUCAAUAUCAAUCCUAUAAAGAUUUACCAAACUUUAAAUGGAUUAAAUAAAUUAGUUUUAAGAGAACUAGCAGAAAAAAGUGACUUUAUUUUAAGUACACUUAUUAGCGAUUACAUUUCAUUAUAUGAUUUUGAUGAUUCAAUUCCUUUGUUGUUCAAUCUAAUAACUAUAAACAAUAUCGUUUUGUUAUAUGAAAAUUCAAAAAGGAAAAAUAAAAUUCCUGAGUUUAUUGCUUUGCUAGAUCAAUUGGAUAAAACGGUAAUUGAUGGUUUAUUACAAUCUAAUACUUUCUUAUCGGAAACAUAUUUGAAACUUCCUAGUGAUUUAUCGAAUGCUAUUUUUGAUCUUUCUAUAAAUAGCGCAUCUGAAAAUUGUAUUGCAUGUUCAUUAGCUCAGUCAAUAAAAAAUGCUGCAAUUGAGAAUGUUUAUGCCAAAACCUCUGACGUUAUUUCGAAUGCAGUUAGUUUAAUACAAGCUAAUAAUAUUGUAGCUGAAUAUUUCUUCAACUCCGAUAUUUCAAGUUUGCUUAAUAACUAUUUGGUGACAAUUGAUUCUAAACUUGUUACUAUCAGUAAUCUUGGAAUAAGCUCCCAUUUGUUAAAUAUUACUGACAAUAGUUUAGAUUUACAGAAAUUAAUUAAAUUGAUAAACUACAUCUCCUUUGUCGAUAAGUUAUUGACUAAGUUACCUGACUUCAAAGACAGUUAUCAAGUAUAUUUGGUUACGUUGGUAAGUGAAAUUGCAACAGAUUAUAAUUGCAUAACUUCGUUACCUAAUGAUGAAUUCUAUGCUUUCAACAAUACAAUAUAUAAUAGUGAUUUAUCAUCAAUUGAUUUUAUAUCAUGUAUUAACAAAUUACUAUUGGAUGAUAACACUUCGACCGAUGAUACCCCAUUAACUAUGUUUUACGCUGAUAAUGAUAACGAAAAUGACUUGAGUUUAUAUUAUAGAUCAAAAAUUUUAUACAGGAUAUUAGAGAACACUGUUGACACAAUAUCCACUUCUGCAUUAUCUACUAUCGUCCCAAUCAUUGAAACUUCGGUUACAAAAUUGGUAAGAAGUAAGACUACAGAUAAUAUCUCGAGGCAAUAUAUUAAGUGUUCAAUUAUUUUAAAAGCUCUUGAGAAAUUUCACUCAAACCAACUUUUCAACAAAUUGAGAACUAUGCUUCUGAGUGAAUUAAUAGGUGUUAAUGAGACUGAUAUACUUAAUAAAUCCUAUAGAAGCUUGAUAUUAUUGUGUGACUUGUUAAACUCCCCAGAUUUUGAAGAGUCGUAUGUGCCUGUACCUCUUCAAAGAUUAAAUAUGGCGUUCGGAUCCAUUAACAAGCUUCUGGAUUCCGAAAUUAUUUAUGAACAAUCCUUCAGUUCAGUUAGGUUAAUAUUAUUAAAUCUAUUUGAGCGCCUUAUUUGUGUCCCCUCCUUCAAAGAUGUAAAUUUUUCUGUUGCAUAUAGACUUCUCGCCGAUUCAUUAACAAUGUGUCAACUUGAUGAUACUUCAUUUUUAUUUGAGUUACGUUUCAGCUGUAUGUCAUUAUAUCAGAAAAUUGACAACCUUGAUAUCAACUUUUCCAAUAAUGAAUAUGGGCUUGAAAUUUCAGAUUCUAUUAUUGAAUUAUUUUUUAUAAAUUUCCCACAGGAAGAGAAUAAUCAAAUCUCUAAAGGAUUUUAUUAUAUGUUGAAUAAAGCUGUUUCAAAAUUUGAUGUUAAGUUAUUAUUGGAAUGUUUUGAUAGGUUCUUCGAAUUUUAUACGACCACUGGAACAUCAGGUAAUAUCAAUCAAGUUAGAUGUAUCGUUACAAUCCUGAGAAAAUUAAUUAUAGAGAAGCAAAAAAAUGCAAUCAUUGAAUUCGAAUUCGAAAAACAGAAAGCUAUAAAUGAAGAUGAAGAUGAAGAUGCUGAUGCUGAUGCUGAUGCUGAUGAUGAAGAAUUAGAAAUUAGAAAUAACUUAAUCAAAGAUAAGAUGGAAAUUAAUUUUGGUAUACCGGAUGCUUUAAUUAAAUUAUUAAACGACAAGAUGCCAGAAGAUUACUUAGAAUAUGAAAAUAGGUUAACUUAUGUGUCAUAUCUAUGGAACUGGGUAUUAGUAUUUUGUUACUUUAAGGAUACAUCAUAUAAUUUACGCCAAUUAUUCUUAGAUCAAUUAAGAAAGAAAAAUCUAAUUGAAAAGUUCUUCACAUUCAUCUCUGAGCAACUUGAUUUCCAUGAUAACGAGUUUAUCCAAAGCAUUGAAUCUAGUGAUGUAGUUUAUUAUAAUAUUGGAAAGGAUGGGUUUAUUCCUUAUGAGGGGGCUUUGACGCGUGAGUGUAAAACUUUACUAGUUCAUUUGUUAUAUGAAUUAUUUGUUCAUGUUGGAACAUAUACUAACGUUUGGUUCUUGAAUAUUAAAGAUAGAUCAAAACAAAGUGAUAUUGAUAAAAUGGUUUCUAAGCACAUCUCGCCAAUUUUAAUCUCGAAUGAAUUAAAUAAUGUUGAAAAUAACAUAUCGCAUUUAACUGCAAAAGAUGAUGUAUUGACAAUUAGAGUCAAUAAAAUUACAAAUGAAGUUAAAGCAAGUUACUUAAUUGAUGAACAGAAAUUAGAAAUUGCCCUUAAAUUACCAUCAAAUUACCCUUUGACAAACAUACAAGUUCAUGGUAUUUCUUGUGUUGGUGUCAGUGACCAGAAGUGGAAGCAAUGGAUCAUGUCGGCCCAACGUACUAUCACAAAUAUGAACGGUUCUAUGGUUGGUGCUUUGGAACUGUUCACUAGAAACGUUAAUUUACAAUUUUCAGGGUUCGAGGAAUGUGCAAUUUGUUAUUCUACCUUACAUGCGGUUGAUAGAAAAUUACCAACCAAAGUCUGCCCAACAUGUAACAACAAAUUCCAUGGAUCGUGUUUGUAUAAGUGGUUUAGAUCUUCCAAUAAUAACACAUGUCCAUUGUGUCGUUCCGAAAUUGCAUUGAGAAGAUGA